GGCUGGUUAAUGCUCACUGUUGAUAUAGAAAAAUUGCAAGUUACAACUGAAUUAACUCAUAAAUAUCAUGCUGAAUACGUUGAUGUACGUGUUAUGAAUGAAAUAAAAGAAUAUAUUCAAACAAACCUUCAACAAACUCCUCGAAACAUUUGGGAAAAUCUUGGUACAAGAAGC